AUGAGUCUAAAGGAAGAGCCUACCACCAGCAGAGAACUUAGCACUACUGAGGACGAUUCUACACGAUGGAGCCGAUUCAAAGAUUCUUUUAGAAGAGCCGAUGAAAUAGAUGCAAAAUCAAAAAGCUCAAUCAGCGAUCUAGAAGCCAAUACUUCAACAGAAGGAGAUUUACAUCGUGACUUACAAAAUAGACAUAUUCAAAUGAUUGCCCUUGGUGGGUCGAUAGGUACCGGUUUGUUAAUUGGUUCGGGUGGUUCAUUGAGCCAGGGCGGACCUGCUAGUUUGAUAAUUGCCUGGGGACUUGUUGGGACAAUGGUGUUCUGUGUUAUACAUUCCUUAGGUGAAUUAUGUGUUGCUUUCCCUGUUAAUGGUGCAUUUUCCACCUACGCAACAAGAUUUAUAGACCCGUCAUGGGGGUUUGCUGUUGGCUGGAACUAUGCCAUCAUGUGGUUGUUUGUGUUGCCGCUAGAGUUGGUUGCGGCUGCAAUGUGCAUUACCUAUUGGAAUGAUGAUAUUAAUCCAGCUAGUUGGGUAGCCAUAUUCUAUGUUUUCAUCUAUGGUAUCAAUCUAUUUGGAGUCAAGGGUUAUGGAGAAGCUGAGUACUACUUGACCAUUCUUAAAAUAAUAGCAAUUGUGGGAUUCAUAAUAUUGGGUGUUGUACUAGUAUGCGGUGGUGGGCCAACGCAUGAAUUCAUUGGAGGAAAGAAUUGGCAUAUCGGUAAAGGUGCUUUUGCUAAUGGGUUUAAAGGAGUUGCAACUACGUUCGUCACCGCAUCUUACUCCAUGGCAGGUUCAGAAAUGGUCGGGUUAGCUAGUGCAGAAACAAAAAAUCCAAGGGAAACGCUCCCCAAAGCUAUUCGCCAAGUGUUCUGGAGACUCAUUUUGUUCUAUUUUCUUUCGUUGACAAUGAUUAGCUUACUUGUACCUUACAACUCGCCAGACCUACUUGGUUCAGGCACUUCAUCAACAUCACCAUUUGUCAUUGCCAUCAAAAACGGUGGAAUCAAUGCAUUGCCUUCAAUUUUCAAUGCCUGCAUCUUGAUUUCAAUCCUUUCAGUAGGAAACUCAGCUGUAUUUGGAUGCUCACGUACAGUACAAUCAUUGGGUUUACAGGGGUUGGCUCCACCUAUCCUUGCUUAUGUCGACAGAAAAGGACGUCCUUUAGGAGGAUUAGCCCUUUCGGCAUUGUUUGGUUUGCUUUGCUUCCUUGCCGCCUAUAAAGAUCAAGGAACUGUGUUCAAUUGGCUUCUAAGUGUAGCAGGACUUGCCACUAUCUUUUCCUGGUUCAACAUUGCUCUAUGCCAUUUUCGCUUUAGACAAGCAAUGUAUGCACAAGGGAGAUCGUUGGAGGAAUUAUCGUUUACUUCAAUCACGGGAAUCUUUGGCUCUAUCUACGCAAUGGGGUUCUUGCUUGUGGUGUUGGGUAUACAAUUUUGGACUGCAUUGUUCCCAAUUGGUUCUAAAAACGCAAGUGCAGAGCAUUUUUUCCAAAAUUACUUGGGAGCUGUUGUUAUAUUAGUUUUCUACGUUGGCCACAAGUUAUACACUAGAAACUGGAAAAUCUGCAAACGAUUGAAUGAAAUUGAUAUAGAUACGGGCAGAAGACAACUUGAUUUAGACUUGCUUCGUGCAGAACUCGAGGAAAAGAAAAUUUUGAACAAGCAGAAACCACUUUACAAACGAAUUUGGAAUUACUGGUUUUAA